UAUCUAGUAGAACAACUCUAGGAACAAAGAUGGAUUCGCAACCUGACACUGAAAAUGAUGAGUCAUUCAACAGCACAGAGCAAUCAUACAAUUCUACAUUUUCAUGUCUACAGUGUGACAUAGAUUUUGCCUCCCAGUCUGAAUGGAAACAACAUUUGUUGGCUCAUAUUUAUGAUAAAAACUUUGAACCAGACUUCAAUAGACACACUAGCGAAGAAAAUUCUGAUCAAAAUAGUUCACGAUCUUUAAAAACAGGAGUUUCUGAUACACCAAAGGUGAAGAGUGAACAUUCCAGUAAAUCCCCAGAACAAUCUAUAUAUAAAAUGCCUAUUUGGGAUGAAAAUAUGAAUGAUAUUAAUAAGGCAGUUGGCAUGGAAGAAGAAUCGGUCGAGCAGGAAAAACAAUCAAGUGAAAAUCCAUUUCCGUGUUUAUUAUGUGGGAAGCAGUUUAAGAAUAAAUAUUCUUUGAGAUCACACAUGGUAAACCAUCAUAAGGAAAAGCAGUUUACAUGUAAAGAAUGUGGCAAAAUAUACACAUGUCAAUCUAGCAUGUAUAAACAUGUCAAAACCCAUUACAGAAAAACUCGAUAUUCGUGCACAAAAUGCGAGAUGCUGUUUAGUAUAAAGGAGGAUUUACAAACUCAUAUGGUUACUCAUAAAGGCGAAAAACCGUUUAAAUGUGACAAAUGUGGAAAAUCGUUUGUAGGAGCGUAUGCUCUGGAAAGGCAUAAUGUUACUCACACCGGAGAACGACCACAUGUAUGUGAACAUUGUGGGAAUACUUACACUCAGAAAUGCAGUUUGACAGCUCACAUGCAAGUCCAUACAGGCAUAAAACCAUACAAAUGUGAAGAAUGUGGGAAAUACUUCACUCGUCAAUGUCAUUUACAUGUUCAUAAGCGAAUCCAUACAGGUGUUAAACCUUAUAAAUGUAAACAUUGUGAUAAAAGCUUCACAGACUACUCAGGAUUAAGCAAGCACAUUAGAAAACACACUGGUGAAAAACCAUUUGCGUGUACUGAAUGCUCAAAACAUUUUUCUCAACAAUCAACUUUAAAAGAGCAUUUGAGGACUACUCAUUUUGGAUACAAACCUUAUGAAUGCCCAAACUGUGAUAAAAGCUUUACUCGACAACCCCACUUGCGAACACAUAUUAGAACACGCCAUGAAAAGCCUGGUGAUAUAAGGAUAUAAGAGAAUAAAUGGAUUAAGUAGCGGUCUACAGACUUUGGUUUUUAUUGAUGUUUAUUUGGACCAUGAUUUGUAACGUCUAUAUGCCUCAGUAAUCAUUAAGAAUAUGCUUUUUUGAUUUUUCCUCAAAUAUGUGAUCCAAGUAUUUUCUCGAAACAAAACGACCUACUUUUGUAAAACAUGAUUCACUCAUACAAAUUGGUAGAAAGAUAUUCCGAAAAAUUCAGUUCAAACUAAACACACUGUACUCGGUCAAUCUUAUUUUUUGUAAUGGGCCAUGACUUGUGUCAAUUAUCAAACUAAAUGAAACCACAUAACAAAUUUUGAAGAUAUGGUAGUGGCCCUUAGUAAUUGACAACAAAUAUAAAUUCAUUCCAUUCAAUGUACGACAGCAUGGUUUUUAUCACUUUGGCGCAUCGUGCUAAGCGUUACAAAUAUACUUGCCAUUGCACCUAUGAUCACCCUGCAUGGGUUCGUUUGCUGGCGGGAGAUAACUAUGUGCGAGAGGAUGUUAAAAUUUUCCAUGAUUAUAUGUAUAACUAGGCUUACCAUACGUCCCGCUUUUUAGCGCCUCGUCCCGACAAGUCAGUCGAAAGUCCCGCUUAAUGCGUUCAGCCAUCCAGCAUAAACAUGUUCUCAUAGCUGUAUAGCGCAACGCUAGCGUACUUGCUGAAGGUGAAUGCGUUAUUUUGUUUGUUUCGUUGUUUCCCGCUAACAUUUUAUUUUAUGACCCGCUAUUCAUCCAGUCGUACACAAAA